AUGGCCAGCAACCAGGCCAGCAUGCAGGAUGAUCAGAGCAGGCACUGCAAGUUCUUAUCCUAUAUGUUCUACCAGGCUGUGAGAGAUCACAAGCCUGUGUGGAUGCUGGAAGACAUGAGAACUAUGGAGUAUUUUUACUGGGAGGAGAAUGCCAGCUUAAGAACAUACUCACCUUCAGAAGCCCUUCUCUACGCAGUGGUGCAUAACCACCUGCCUUAUGCUCAGUAUCUGCUGUCUCAUUUUCCAGAGGAGGCUCUCAAGGUACCCGGAGAACACUUCUGCUAUUGCCCAUCCUCUGCUCCUCACUUGGCCAUGGCGGUCACAUAUGACAGGAGAGAUAUCUUGGGGCUGAUCAUCAAAAUCGCGCACAAGCUCCCCAGCUUAAACUCGUACAUCAACAGGACUGGCUGCUUUCAUCUAGAAGAUGGGAAGACACCCCUGCACCUUGCCUGUGAACUGCUGAGGUCGGAGACAGUCCUCAUCCUCCUCGGCAAUGGAGCUUCUCCCAGGAUAGAGGACAGUAAAGGGCUUACCCCGCUGGACGUCAUCCUGGAGCAGAUGUGGGACUCCAAAGUCAACAUGGCAACAAAGAAGCUCUGCCUUGACUACCUCUUGCUCUUCAUGCCCAACCCACAGUUUAAGAUGCGGAAAGUUCUACAGGAUCAUCCGGAGCAUUGGACAGCUUUGCUGGGGGAAGAGAAAUUCAACAGCCUGGUGGGCAACGCACCUGCUUCUUUAUAUCUGCAAGCUAUGCAAACUAUUCUCCAGACUCUGCCUCCGUCCCACUUCCCUAAAAGCAUCCAGGAACUACCUAUACCUCAGGCACUAAAGCCCUUACCAUCCUAUGGCAAAAAGCAAUCGACAAAAAAUGUGCACCAUUAGCAGGGAGGACAGGCCAGAAUCUGACCUCAGUUGCAUCUCUUUACACCCGAAGUAACACUUUUUAAGUCAAUUGCACCACUGCUGAUGUUUGCCGGUAUAAAAGAAAACAGAAUCUGUGCACCCAUUCUUCAGGACGCCAUUAACUCUGACUUCAGCUUACAAACAAAAGUAGUACGU